UCUCGCUGUUUUCUCUUGCCAUCAAUACUCGCUUUUAUUUUGUACCGUUCGUUUCACUCGGGAAGGAGGUCUUCUAUUUACGUAUCAUCAUCAGAUGAGUGCGGAGGAAACAAAAAUCUCGCGUUUUCAGAGUACGAUCGUCUUAACCGAGUAGGUGUAGACCCCAGACCGCACUCGAGCUCUAUUAGCUUUCCGGCGGUUGCGUUGCACGGUUGUACGGUAAAUUUUGUGUCGGACCACUAACGUUUUAACAUUACGAUAAACGAAUCAAUCGCAGUAAAGCAAAAGAACAAGAAGCUACAGCUUAUGUGAAAUUCCUUUAUUGAAAAUUCUGCUGUAAAAGUGAAUCAUACUGCUUGGUUAAUAUAACAAGUAAAAAAGUUCCGCAUCGUCUGACGUGGGAUAGUUGUGUGCCGUUCUUUCAGAGUGAAUGUUUUCUAACAAACCGUAGCCUACUUAAAAAUAAGUAGACAAAUUUAGUGCAAAGUGAAAAUCGAUGUUUUCUUCGUAUAUCAAGUAAACAGUGCAAAAAGUCGUUUUUGUUCAAUAAAAGGGAAAAACCCAAUCACAGUUGGAAUACUGUACCAGCUCUAUCUUUAUUCAGCAGACAUCCUGACGUAAUCAAAGCUGCUCUCUGCUGAUCAAUAUAAGGACACUUAACAACGCGAACGGCGGCGGCGACGACGACGACGUCGACCAGCAUAUAUCACUGCAAGCAGCAAUUAAAGCCGCACAGUCCCUUCGCAGCUCAGCGGGUUGUGAUUACAACGUCUGGCUGCCGUUUUCUCAGUUCGAAGGAGUUCGUCAAUCCGUCAACAUCAUUUUCCAGAGCAGAAGCUGAAGAUGCUACAGACAACACCGCUGUGAUUUAGGAUUUGUCUGUUAACGAGUUUGCUGACUGACCCGGCGCGUCAUUGUCGAAUGCCGGAUUUGGUGAAGGUUAUCCUAGAGAAUAGCCUAUAGAGGCAAAAAGUGAGUGAGAAAUCGAACCCAAUUGUGUGUGUGUGUCUGAUUCAAUCAUUCAAGUGCAAAUUCCAAAGUAUUCCAUACAUAUUAGUGUUACAAAUUACGCGUAGGGGAUAAUCCACGGUGCAGAAUAGUGCUAAUUGGUAAAGCCUAGAGCAAAGCGUUCGUAGGAAGAUCGUAAAACGAGUGCUUCAAAAAUGUUUAUCGAAGAAGAUGUCCACAUGGAAAGCUUCUGGGUGCAAACCGCCAUCGGGGCGAUCAAGAUCAUCGCCAUGGUCUACGACAUCAUCACUAUGCCGAUCUACUUAAUCCUGCAGCGACCCUGGAAGCGGAGAGCCCUUGCCAAACGGAUCAAGGCCAAAAUAAUCCAACAGGAUGCCACCUCGAUCACGUACCGCGGCGUGGACUCACCCAACGAGAUGCACAUCAAGAUGCUGCAGAACAACAUCGACACGCUGGAACGGAUGUUCAAUUUCGUGACAAAGGUGCACAGUACCAAGCGUUGCAUCGGUACCCGCAAAAUCAUCAGCGAGGAGGACGAGGUGCAACCUAACGGGCGGGUGUUCAAAAAGUUUCAAAUGGGUGAUUACAUGUGGCGUAACUUCAUCGAGACGGAACAUUCGGCGGCCUGUUUUGGUCGGGGAUUGCGUGAGCUGGGCGCGAAACCGAGGGAGAACAUUGUCAUUUUCGCGGAAACACGGGCCGAGUGGCUGAUUGCGGCUCACGGUUGUUUCAAGCAGAAUAUGCCGCUGGUGACGAUCUAUGCUACGCUCGGGGAUGAUGGUAUCACCCACGGUAUCAAUGAAACAGAGGUGACGACGGUGAUCACUUCGCACGAGCUGCUGCCCAAAUUUAAGACAGUGCUGAAAGUUACCCCGAACGUGAAGAAGAUCAUCUUCAUGGAGGAUCAGCUGCACAAGAGUGAAACGACCGGUUUCAAGGAAGGUGUGGAGAUCAUUCCGUUUUCGAAGGUGAUAGAAAUAGGCGAGAAGAGCAAAUUGCCCGGCUGUUCACCCACCGCCGACGAUACCGCCAUCAUCAUGUACACUUCCGGCUCUACUGGCACACCUAAGGGAGUCCUUCUAUCGCACGCUAACUGCAUUGGAACGAUGAAGAACUUUUGCGACAUCUUCAAAAUCUAUCCGGACGAUGUGCUGAUCGGAUUCCUUCCACUGGCUCACGUUUUCGAGCUGUUAGCCGAGAGUGUCUGCCUGUUGACCGGUGUUCCGAUUGGAUAUUCCACCCCACUGACUCUGAUCGAUUCCAGCUCCAAGAUUAUGCGUGGCUGCAAGGGUGACGCGUCGGUGCUGAAACCGACCUGCAUGACGGCUGUACCGCUCAUCCUCGAUCGCAUCUCGAAAGGUAUCAACGCGAAAGUGAACGGCGAAACACCGAUGAAGAAAGCCUUCUUCAAGUUUGCCUACAAGUACAAAUCCAAAUGGGUGGCUCGCGGGUUCCAGACACCAAUUUUGGACAAAAUUCUAUUCAAAAAGAUUGCCCGGCUACUCGGUGGACGUAUUCGCAGUUGUAUGACCGGUGGUGCCCCACUUGCUCCGGAUACUCACGAGCAGAUUUCCCUGUGCCUUUGUGUCGACAUGAUCCAGGGCUAUGGACUGACAGAGACGACCGCUGGAGCUACCGUAACGGACAAAUGGGCAAUGGAAUAUAGUGUGGUUGGAGCGCCGAGUUCGAGUAAUGAUAUACGACUGAUCAACUGGGAGGAAGGUAACUAUCGUGUGACGAAUAAACCAUAUCCCCAGGGAGAGAUCGUCGUUGGCGGAACAACCGUGUCAAAAGGCUACUACAAGCUACCGGGUAAAACCGAAGAGGAUUUCUUCGAGGAGGAUGGCCAGCGAUGGUUCCGAACGGGUGACAUUGGUGAAAUUCAUAAUGAUGGUGUGCUAAAGAUAAUCGAUCGCAAGAAGGACCUGGUCAAACUGCAAGCCGGAGAGUACGUUUCGCUUGGCAAGGUGGAAGCGGAACUAAAAACGUGCCCGGUGGUGGAGAACAUUUGCGUUUAUGGUGACUCGACAAAGCAGCACACGGUGGCGUUGGUGGUGCCAAAUCCAACUCAUUUGGAGGAAAUUGCCGAACGGCAGGGCAUCAAGGAUAUGGAGUUUGAACAACUGUGCAGCUCGCCGGUGAUGGAGAAGGCCGUAGUGCAAGAGCUGGCCGAUCAUGGAAAGAAAUGCAAACUACACCGCUUCGAAAUCCCAACGGCGGUGACACUGUGCAAGGACAUCUGGACGCCGGACAUGGGCCUGGUUACGGCCGCCUUCAAGCUGAAACGCAAAGACAUCCAGGAGCGGUAUAAGAGCGAAAUUAGCCGGAUGUACGCAUCGUAGACGCAUGGUCGGCGCCGUGUGGGAGACCAACCUCGCCGGAAUAGUUUCAACGAAUAGAAAGUAGUAGCUACACAUCACCACAAGUCCAGCAGCGAUUUGGCACCGAUCACUUUCAGCACUAUCACAUCCAGCAACAGCAGCGAGGUGGCUCGUUGUUCAGCGAUAACAAGCGGGUGGUGUUGGUCGUUUUCGUGGCCAAACAACGGACCAUCAAUGUUCAUCAGUUGUUAUCAGGCAUCAUAAUUAUCAAUUAGAGUCAGCGGUAGCACGUAGAAUGCAAAGAGAAAAAGAAAGAGAGAGAGUGUGUUUAUCAAUCGAUUUCGGGGAAAUCGAUGUUGUGUACAGAAAUGUUUGACAAUGUUGUCAAUUUUUUGUUUUUUUUUUCGUUUGUCGUAGCAUACUAAAUUUAGUGAAUUACCUUACCCGUAAUUCGUGGGCGGAAAGAGGUUCCAUUUUUUUUGUUACUUUUCGUUUUCAUCGAUUUUGUUAUUUACCUGUAGUAUGAGCAAACAAUAAAGAAUGUAUUAUAUAUAUUUCUA